CCGUGUUUGCUCUUCCUAUCUUUUCUCGUCGCCACCAGCCGAGUUGCCGGAAAAGGCUUGGCUCGGCCGUCCCUUCCCUUCCCGACCGGCAUCAACGUCAGUGCAAAAGACCUGCAAAGCUGCACAAAGUCGUCCUCCAGCACUCCAUUCUACCCGUCGCCGCAUCCAUUGGCCCUUGACUUCUGUCCCAUUCAAGAUGUCAUUUCGGCCAAUGCUCCAGCGACGAGCUGUCGCUCCCAUAGCAGCGACCCUCCUCGCUGGAGGUAUUGUUGCGUAUCCUAGGCGAACUGUCUACGCAGAAGCCCCGUCAGAUCUGAGAAAACCUAUUUACGACGACUACCCUUCCGAGCUAUCCUCCGAACCGAUCCAAUUGCCCAACACCUCCCUUUCCCUUGCCCCUUCUUCAGAGACACAAUCGACAGAGCCUCCUAGUGUGACUGAUCUCCUUGAGGGUCAAGUCCGUCGAGCCCGUCUCUUCCUUUACGCUCACUCCCUAGCCGCCGAGAACGCUUUCAAUGACUUCUUGUCUCGCGUGCUCCGUAUCGAAAACGCUUUCACCGAUACCGUAGCCUCUCUUGCUCCGUCUGCUGAAUCUGGGGAGCGACUUCUUCCGGGAGGCAUAUAUGUCGUUGUGUCAGCGAUGGCGGGAUCUAUUGUAUCGCGAAACCGCGGUAUUGUUCUUCGCUCUGCCACGCCUCUUGCGUUCGGCACCGUCGCUGCUUGGACUCUACUGCCCGUCACCAUGAGGAACGUUUCAGAUUUUCUUUGGGAAUACGAGAAGAAAGUGCCGGCGGUGGCCGACAACCAUCUCAAAGCCCGCAACUUCAUUGAACAUACAUACACAACAGGCGUUGCUCACAGCCAGAUGGGUCGCGUGAUGUUAGAGGAUAAGAUCGGAGAAAUCCGAGAGUCUCUUGAGAAAUGGAUUAGCAAAGGACGAUGAUCUGUUUCAAGUUUGACCAUGCUCCCAAAGCGUGAUGCAUUGUAAGAUCAGUUAUUUCUUUUCAUUCAAUAUGUGUGAGGUAAUCGGCCUUUGGUACUAUAUACAUUUAUUGGUAUACUGGAAACGGACCAGACUUAGUACCCUGCUUAGAGAUAUCUGUUUUUAGACAUCAAAAGCUUUCAUUUGUCGGGUCG